UAAACGUGACACCACCUCCCUACGAGAAGCUGCUUCUUUAACUGUCAGGUUAAACGAUCACUUAUCGAUGACUGACUGACGCUCGAUCACCUGUAGUGACGUAGGCAGCUCGGUUUUAAUGGGUGCUGAGGAGGAAGUGGGCGAGUGAAGGAGAAAUAUGUGACAGGAGCAGCGGAGGACUACAGCUGCUGCUCUCUACAGAACCAGCAGAACCAGCAGAACCAGCAGAACCGAGCCCCGGUACCAGAGAGAGCCCCAACCUGCUGCUGCUGGAGACUCACCUGGACAGUUCCUUCGAUGCUGUAGGUGCUGAGGAGACCCCCACAGGAGGACACCAUGUCGGCCGGCCGAGCCAAUCUAAUCCUGGAGAGUCACUUCUCCACAGAACUCCACAUAUCUGAGCCGGGGGAUGAAGACUACCAACCCCAGAGCCCACCCACACCCCAGCUUGACACAUCUCCACCACUGGAGGAUGCAGUGGACAGCAUGGUGGUGCCCCAGCAGGUGGUUCUGAGCACCCAGAGUCCAGCGGCCAUGAAGCUCGGCUCUCACCAGCUCAUCCCCAAGAACUUAGCAGCGUCCAGCCGGCCCAAGAACCGACACCACACCACGGUGGUGACGUUCCCGCUGGGGCUGGAGCACUCCAGCAGCGGGAGCCGAGGCCGGACCCGGCACUCCACGCAGGGCCCGGAUCUGUCCUGGGAGGACUACGACAGCGACGGAGACGGCUUCGCUUUGAGGAGGAACCGCAGGAACAAGUCGUACAGAGCCGCGGUGACCAGCCUGGAUAUCGAAGCCAUGACCGAAGGACCGGGACCCAAAUCCACUCUGAAACCUGUCAGAGAGGACAGAGCUCCCAGUCCUGGUCCAGCUCGCAGCCCAGGACGCAAGAGAACCUUGGGCAGAAAGAGGAACCAAAACCAACGUGGAUCGUUCAAAGAUGCCACGCCACGCCUCUACCAGGACGUCCGUGAACGAGGGCUGCAGUCCACCAACCAGGACGAGCUGCUGGAUGACUUCGUGGUGGUGGAGCCCCCCGUGGAGGACCAGGGCAUCGUGGUGAAGAGCUACCGGCCAGCACAGCUCACCUGGAGCCAGCUGCCACAGGUGAAGGACACGGGGAUUCUGACAAUGAUCACACCUCAGGAGAGGAAGAGACAAGAGGCCAUUUUUGAGAUCAUCACCUCGGAGCAUUCGUACCUUCACAGCCUGGGCAUCCUGGUGCGUCACUUCGAGAAGAGCGACGUGUUGAGGAAAACCAUGACGACCACAGAGCACCAUCACCUCUUCUCCAACAUCUCCGUCAUCCACGACGUCAGCAAACGAUUUUUUGAGGACCUUGAACGGCGUCACUCUGACAACCCACUGAUCCGGGACAUCAGCGACAUCGUCCAGAUCCACGCCGCCCGCCACUUCGAGCCCUACAUCGUCUACUGCUCCAACGAGACCUUCCAGCAGAGGACGCUGCAGAAGCUGCUGACCAGUAACACGGCAUUCAAAGAGGCCCUGAAGCAAAUUGAAGGCAGCAGUGAAUGCGGAGGUCUCCCCAUGAUCUCCUUCCUCAUCCUUCCCAUGCAGCGAGUCACCAGACUACCACUUCUGCUGGACACAAUCUGCCAGAAAACUCCACAGGACAAGGCGGAGCACUUCGCUGCAGUUUGGGCACUGCAAGCCAUCAGCAAGUUAGUCUCCAGCUGCAAUGAUGGAGCCAGGCGGAUGGAGAGGACAGAGCAGAUGUACACUAUUCAGAAACAAAUGGAUUUUGGUAAAAUCAAGCCUUUUCCGCUGGUGUCGUCCUCACGGUGGCUGAAGAAGCAUGGAGAGCUCGCUAUCGCCGCUGAAGAGCUCAGCAUCUGGAGGGCUUUCACCAACCGAAGCUACUACCUGUAUCUCUUCAAUGAUGUGCUGAUCGUGACCAGGAAGAAGAGUGAAGAGAGCUUCGUGGUGCUGGACUACGCCACUGUGGAGAACGUGAAGGUGGAGGUCGGGGAGACUCCAGAAGGAAAGAUGUCUCCACCGGCCAAGAACAGCACCAAUUAUCUGUCCUUUAAACUGGUGAUGAGCAAGAACAGUGAAGGGAGACCAGAGCAGAUCUCCCUGGUGGCCGAGUCCAGGGUGGACCGAGCUCGCUGGAUAGUCGCUCUUACAGAACACAAGCAGGCAGGCAUCCCCACCUGCACAGAAGGACUGCCACAGUACGAGGCCACCAAAGCCUACAUGCCGAAGGAUCCAGACGAACUGGGUCUGCAACAGGCCGAGCUCGUCAUCGUCCUGCAGAAAGAGGAAGCAUGGUGCUACGGGGAGAGGAUGCGGGACGGAGAGAGAGGCUGGUUUCCUGCCAGCUGUGCCACAGAGAUCACCAACCCCACCGCCAUGGAGAGCAAUGUACAGCGAAUGAAACGCUUACGCAAAGAGACCAAUGUUUGAGUGACUCUGGGCGGGAAUCCUGUUCUAGCAGGAUGUACGGGGGUGGACGAAAUAAUAGGAACACCUUCAGGAACAUUAGUGAUGCACAAUGUUCAGCUUUUGUUGAGACUGCAUUGAUGGUGAAUCAUGCCGAACACUAGGAAACUAAUUACUGGAACAGUGAGCCACGUGUACAUCACGGACAGACUGGGAGACGUUUAGCAGGCAGAAAAAUCAUCUUAAAGUGGUCCAACAUGAAUCCAGAGUAAUCGUGAGCUUCCUGGUUCUAGUCAGCAUCAGUGUUAUCUAUUGCUGUCCACACCACUUCACCACUCCAUCUCAUUAAACGAAUAAUGUCAUUUUAAUAUACUUGCUGUAGUGAAAAUUAAUCAGUAAAUUGUUUGCACACACUCUAGGAUGAGACAUUUCUUGCCUGCACUUUGUCUCAAUAAGAAGUCAAUAUGAGUAACUUGAUCUAUAUCCUGGUUACAUUAUUUUGUAAAAUAUAUUGUGUUUGUGUCAGAGUUGUUGUGUUGGGUUUCUGUAUUAUCCUGGUGUGACAUUUGCCAACUUCAAUGCAGUUUAUGAUACGCUGUUGCAUUGUUGAAUUUGGUUAAUGGUCUAAAUAUAUGGAAUGAAAACAUUCCAGCUGAACUGUCUGUUGAGUGAGUUCUGUGGUUUUUUGUUGUUCAUAGCCUGUAUACUUGAAAAAAAAAUAAAGCCACCACGACAAAGUU